AUAAAAGGAACCAGAAUAAAGACGAGGAGUUGUCUGAUUUGCGCACAGUCGAGUGUCGCAAGGAGUGGGUGUUGAAUGGGCUUUCACGUGCAAAUCAAGUGUUUUAUUGUUAACGGUGAGCGUUGAAGUGAUGAUUACACUUUAAACAGCACUGAAUGGAAUGAUCCAAUCUAAUCUGCUGUCCGCUUCCCGACACAUCCACGAUCCUCCUCACACAAAAGCUCGUGUCUCAUCCUUUAUUCCCUUUGCUGCUCAACGUCAUCUUUUGACCGCUUCUCAAAUCAAUCAACGCUUCUUCCUUCUCCGCUCUCCACUCUACGCCGGGAUCUAAAACAUUUGGAGUGACCUUUGCAUCUUGGUUCAUCUCCAUACUCCAAUGGUAGUUGCUGACGCUCUUUUGGCAGUCGGUGGAGGAAGUUAUUGCGACUCGGCUCUGUAAUCACCGUUAUGGUGUUUUCAAUCACAGUUCCAUCUCUUCCACUAUUUCGGAUUCCGCUGAUCCCUUUUCCUGCGGUCCUCUUACUUUUAGUCUUCCUACGGUAAUAAUGUCGGAAUCCCAAGUUUCAACGAGAAGCCUGACCGAGAUCCCCGAUAUCGCCGCGAUACGUUUCGGUCUGGAUCUCGUGUCGGCUGCCAGACGAAAUAUCGGCUUCUUGAGAACUGUCGCCGACUUUCACCUCCUCCUUCACCACACUUCCACCCUCGCUGAAGCCGUCAGAAGGUAUCAUGAGUUGUGGAUGCCCUUGAUUUCUGAUCUGACGCCGCCUGGUUCAUCCCCUCCCAUGAUUCUUCCUCCCUUCGAUGUCGACUGGGUUUGGUUCUGUCACACAUUAAACCCGGUAAGUUACAAGGAAUACUGUGAGACGAAAUUCUCAAAAAUCAUAGGAAGACCGGCAAUUUUCGACGAGGAAAAUGAAGAGUACGCGUUGAUGAGAUGCCGUGAAAUUUGGAACCGUAAAUACCCGACAGAGUCAUUUGAGAAUGAAGCGAAUUCAGAUUCCCUGGUUGUUAAAAAUGAAGAUGACUUGUUUCAGGAAGUCGCAAAGCAUAGGAUGUUGCACUCUAAGUUUCCAGAGUCUUACAGGUCGGAGCUUGUGUACUUAAUAGCUGCAAGACAGAGAUACAAGGCAUUUUUGCAUACGGUGCAGAGGUUCGCAGAUGGGUCUUGCCGUUUGGUACCUACUUCGGACAUCAUGUUAAUGUGGCUGACCCACCAGAGCUACCCAACAGUGUAUAUGGAUGAUUUAAAAGCGUUGGGCUUGGAGGAUGAUAUGUGGAAGGUGGCAACUUUAUGGGAAACCCCCCAGGAAGAAGAUGUUAAAGUGACCGAGGAGUUAUGGGACAGGGCAUUUAACCAACCUUAUGAGAAAGCUGGUGGAGGGGUGGCUUUUGCAUUGGAUAAAUUUGCAACAGUGAACUCUCCAGUCUACUGGGAGGAAUCAGACACAGAUGUCAAUGCAAAAUACAAGUCCAUGCUUCCAAGAUGUUUACUUGAGGUUUAUGUGUUUUUGAGGCUUAAUUCGAGGACAAAGGCAUUGCAAAAGGAUAUAAAUCGUGAUUUCCUACGCCUACGAGUGGUGAGGUGUCAUAGUGAGCUAAAGCUGGAUAAGGCCUUCUCCAGUCUCCUCUUUGAUUCAUGGGAAAAGGCCUGGCAAAUUUACUGUGAGUUUGGGACCAAGGGAGUCAUACUUGAGCGUCGUGGUCAUGGGGGUAACUGUAUAAGAAGAAGUAGCCUCCACGACACUGUGACGUUCCUCUGGAAUGACUUGUUGAGAGCUAACUCUCUGACUUUGGAAAAGGAACUUAAUGGGCACGUGACUGUUGUUACUUCAAUUUCCCCACCGGUUCAGGCUCCAUACCUUUUGAAAUGUGUGCCCGAUCGAGUCACAGAUGAUUCAGGGGCAAUGAUUUCUGAAGUGAUUCUAAAGAUGAAUAAUUAUCGCCCUCAAGAGGGUCGUUGGUUGUCUCGCACAGUCCUUGAUCAUGCGGGGAGGGAGUGUUUUGUCAUCAGAAUUAGGGUAGGAGGAGGGUUUUGGAGAAGAGGAGCUGAAACUCCUUCAACUGUGAAAUGGGAAGAUAGGAUCAUAGAGAUACGAGAAGGAUCUUGGUCUUAUGUGGCUUCAGGCUCUAUCGGGAGGGCUCCUGUGCAGAGAAGGUGGUAGCCACAGCAACACCAAAAGAACCGGGAGAGCAAUGGAAAGCUGCAUGGCAUUUUUCAACAGGGGAUGAACUAAUUAUACGGUGGG